UUGUUGGAGAUAUACAAGCUAAGAAAUAAUAGAUUAAAAAAAAGGAUAAUAGAAAGAGCAAAGACAGCACUGAAAAGGCCAGUAACGUUACAAAAAAUAUAAAUACAAAACAACAACAAAAAAGUGGGUCGGUCUAAGGCAUGAAACUCCAGGGCUGAAAUUGAGUCUCCCCUCCGGCCCUCCCCGCAUAUAUGCACGCGUAGAAAGAGCUCCGCCCAUUAUUAACAUAAACGGGACAAGCUCCACCCAUGUGAUCCAUUUGUCUCAGCGGUGAGCGCCACUUGUUUUCAGACAUUGAAGGGCAUCAUUUAGAGAGUGGUUGGCGAACGGCCAGGGAGUGAAUAUGAUUUAUGCUUUUGCUUUCUUCACGAUGUGCUUGUGGUGUCUGGUUGAUGUGACGGAUGAAGUAAAGACAAUAUCAGUGAUGGAGGGAGAGUCGUUCACUCUACACACUGAGGUAAAUGAAAUACAGAAGUAUCUGCUAAUACAGUGGAUGUUCGAAAGCACUCGAAUAGCUGAAAUUAACAGACUCGCGCAAACCAACUCAACAUACGAAGCUGAUGAGAGAUUCAGAGACAGACUGAAGCUGGAUCCAACCGGAUCUCUAACCAUCACAAACACCAGAACCACAGACUCUGGACUUUAUCAGCUAGCAACUGUCAACAGAGAGACCAGCUAUAUGAAUUUCAAUGUUACAGUCUGUGCGGCUCCACACAGUUCUUCACCAUCAGAAGGAUCGUCAAGUUCAAACUGUGUGUCGUCCAGCUGUGCGGUUAACAAUUCAAUCGCCAAUCACACUGAGGAUGCCAACACUACUGAGCUCUAUCAGCCGAGUUCAUUCUGCAUUCGACAUUGUGGUUUUACUGAAGCUGUGAUCCGAUUGGUCCUCUCUGCUCUGGUGGGUGUGGCUGCUGUUGCUGUGCUGGUUUAUGACAUCAGAUCUACACGAAGUGAGCUGAACAGGACAGAAGAGACCGGAUAUUUCUAUAAGACCCAUGUAGUAAAAUCAGACCUACAGUAUAAUUUGAGCAAAAGGUUCAGUUCCCCAAAAUAAAACCUAUAUUAAUACUGAUUUUCUGUACU